GAUAUUUUUUUUAGCAACAGAUAAGAUCAUUGCAAAGAAGAUCCAAGAAUAUCAGACUUCUUACUUACUUACUGAGAACACAGAGAAAACAAAGAUAGUUUCUCAUCAAUGGAGUUGCCAAUGAGACCAAACAGGAGUGAUGUUCAUUUAUCAGCAGAAGAAGAAACAAAAAUCGAGAAUGAAACUCGAAAACAUUUCGAUGAUCUUGCUCCUAAACGAAUCUCUAAACCUCAACGUAGUGAGUACUCUUCUCAAUCCAACCUCAACUACAACGACGACAACAGUAACAACAUCAUACCUGAAUUAACUAAGUUCCAAGAACUCGAAAACCAUGUUCCUCAGGAUUUGGUUUACAAUGAAACUACUCCACAAGAAAGAGUUGCCGAGGAAGAAUACACUGAAACAGAAUAUUACAAAGAUCUCAACUGCAUUGACAAGCAACAUCACACGACUGGAACAGGGUUCAUUAAGGUGAAUAACAGUGGGGAUUGCUUUAACCUCUCACCAGAUACUAACAUUGAACACCAUUCUUCUUCCAAAGGGAAUCCUGCUACAAAUGAUUGGAUCCCUGCCAGUAAUGCCGCUGAUAUGGUAAGUUCAGACUCUCACAAGCCGAAUAGAAGUGAUAUCUAAAACGACAAGGAAGAAGGCUCAAAGAAGAAAAGGAAGUCUGUUAGCUGAAUUUUCUUAUGCAUGUGUAAUCUGUAUUUCCAAGUCUUCAUCAUAGUAUAUGUAUUUUGGGAACUGCUGGUUUAAUACUUCAAAUAAAAUUCAUUCGUAAUCGAUAUCAUGGUUGUCGAA